CACAGAGAAAAGCCCUGCAGCUAAAGCCCAUUUAUUUACUCAGCGGGAUGCAUUGAAGCGUCCAGCCUUCUAGGAGAGGAGUUAUAACCAAAUGCUGCCAGUGAGUUUGGGAGACAAAGAGAUGCUGACAGGAAAACCUGACCCAGAAUUAGGAGAUCUGAAGAUGGAGAAAUAAAAGACCCAGAGAAUGCUGUUCAUUAGCAAGACAAUCCUCAUCUUCCCCAGCUGAAGACUCUCAAAAUUUCACCCUUAAUCACGUCCAAAAUAGAUGUACUUUCUUUUUCUCUAAGGCAAAGAGGAUCACAUUGCAUAGCAUUAUCAUAUGACAUUGACAUUCAUGGAGCCCAAUAAACACAGCUCCCAGCAGAGACCCACAUUUACCUCUUCCCCCAAGGUGAAAUAUUCUCCUUUGAUUCAAGCUGUUAAGGAAGGUAACAUUGGGUGGGUCCAAGAGCUGUUAGAAGGAGGAGAAGAUAUCAACGUCCAGGUGGAGGGUGGCUGGACUCCACUGCAUAAUGCUGUGAAAGAAGGCCACAAGAACAUUGUUCAGCUUUUACUAGAGAAAGGUGCUGAUGCUCAUAUCAAGAAAGACAAUGGUGCCACUCCCUUCAUUGUGGCUGGGAUUGUGGGAAAUGUGGAACUCUUGAAACUUUUUCUUUCUAAGGGAGCAAACAUCAAUGAAUAUGAUAACCAUGGGUUCACAGCAUUUAUGGAAGCUGCCUGUUAUGGUCAGGUGGAUGCCUUAGAAUUCCUGUAUGAAAAUGGGGCACAAGUGAAUUUGGGACGACAAACUAGUGAGGAACAAAAGAAACUGUGCAAAGGGGGGAACACAGCCCUCAUGGAUGCAGCCGAACAAGGUCAUGUCAAUGUGUUGAAAAUCCUUCUUGAAAAGAUGCAGGCAGACGUGAAUGCCCGUGACAACAUGGGCAGAAAUGCCUUAAUCCAUAGUCUUCUGAAUCCUAAGAACAAGAAUGUGAAAGAGAUUGUGCGCUUACUGCUAAAGUAUAGAGCUGAUGUCAACGUGAGGGGAGAAAAAGGGAAAACACCUUUACUUUUGGCAGUAGAGAAGGAGGAUGGCGAGUUAGUACAUAUAAUGCUGGAACACGAUGGAAUAGCUAUCAAUGAUAGGGAUAAUGAUGGCAACACAGCUCUUCUGGUUGCUGUCAAGAAUGAUCAAUAUGACAUUGCCCAGUUGCUGUGUGAAAAAGGAGCCAAAGUAGACUGUGGAGAGCUCAUUAGGAUAGCUCAGAACAACUACGACCAGCGUAUGGUCAAUCUUCUUCGAGAUCAUGGGGCCAGUGAGAAUUUCCCUUUCCCUCCUAAGGUCUAUGAGCCAAACAGUCAACGAUGGCAGGAUGGCUUGAGGACUCUCUAUAGGAUAGAGCGUCCCAUGAUUGGCAAUCUCAAGAUUUUCAUUCAAGAAAAGUACAGGAUAGCAGAAACUUCUGAAGGUGGUGUAUACCUGGGGUUCUAUGAUGGGAAAGAGGCAGCUGUGAAGCGAUUCCAAGGAGACAGUAAAAGAGCUCAUCAAGAAAUUAACUGUAUCCGCCAUUGCCAGAACAAUAGCAACUUGGUGACGUUUUAUGGGAGAGAGAGCCAAAAGAGCUGUUUGUAUUUGUGCUUUGCUCUUUGCGAGAAGACUCUGGAGGAACAUCUGACUGAUCAAGGAGAAACAGCCUUGAAGAAUGAGGACCUCCAAAACAUUCUCAAGUCCUUAUUUAAGGCAGUGCAAGAACUACACAGAAGCAACUAUACCCACCAGGACCUGCACCCAGGGAAUAUCUUGAUAGAUUCUAAAGAUGAAGUUUGUUUGGCAGAUUUUGAUAAGAGUGAAAAAUUGGAUGAAGGUCGGCAGAAAAUUAAAGAUGAUCUAAAGGCUCUUGGAAGGUUGGUUCUGUAUGUGGUGCAGGUGGGGAAAGACCCCUUUUCAAAAAUUCAAGCCCAAAGUGACACUGAGGUCAUAGAAGCUUGUACAAAUGAGGAAACUAAAGAUCUCGUGCAAAACUUGCUUAGCCCUGGGGAGGAAUGGCAGAACCAGCUAAGUGAAAUGCUCUCUCAUCCUUUCUUUUGGAGCUGCAAAAUACGUAACAGGUUCCUUCGAGAUGUGGGGAAUGAAUCUGACAUCAAAAAAAGAAAUUAUGACAGCAAAAUCCUUGAGAAACUCGACCACACUAAGGCUUUUGAAAAUUGGAGAGAAAAGAUUGAUAAAGAUCUGAUGGAAAAAAUGGAUUCAUUUUAUAAAAUACCUAAAAAACGCUACAAGAACACUGUGGGAGACUUGCUGAAAUUCAUCCGGAAUAUAGGUGAACACAUUGAAGAAGAAACAUAUAGAGAUGUGAAGUCAAAAAUUGGAGAACUUUCCCAGUAUUUUCAGGAGCUGUUUCCUGGUCUGGUGAUGUAUGUCUAUAAUAAACUGCGGAAUAUGGACUACAGGAAGCAUUUCCCCAGUGUUAACAGUUCUUAGCCUGGGUUGUUGACACCAUGCCAACAUGACUCUGGACCUGAGGAUAUUCUGUUUAAAUCACUUCUUUCAUGCAGCCCAUUGGAUGAAUCUCACUCAAUUCAACAAAGGCAUAUUGAAGAUCUACUAUUUAUGAAGCCUUAUGCUUGGUACUUUGAAGGCUAUGAUAAAGAGAAAGCUGGAUCCCAACUCUUAAGGAAUUGACCUCCUAGAAGGGAGGGUAAAGCAUGUAGACAUAUAAACAUAAAGCAAAGUCAUAUGUGAAAAUGUAUAAAAGUGAUGAAUUGCUAAAAGGAAGGAUGUUUUGGUAGGAAGUUAUUUUAGGUCUUCUCAUUUAAAUCUGGAAAAUCUUACAAAUAUGGAUCUAUAGGCAUACCUGACAUAACGCUACUCCUACACCCAAAUGUCAUUUCACAGUAACCUCAGUAGAAAUCUUAAACACAUCCUUCACUGAUCACUGAUCACAACAAUCAAAAUUGUAAUCAAUUGAGGAUGUUUGAAUAAAAGUCCCAUCACCAUGAAAGUCAA